AUUAGCUGAGCGUUGGAGCAGUUCGAGCUACACUGCUGCAGUCCAAGGUAGAAAAACAAUAACCACAAUGCCCGCGCAAAGUGUGCCGAUCCGAGACCCGGCUUUGCCCAGCAGAUUACUGCUGCAGUAUUUACACUUGUUAAAGAAAUAUCCGAUCAUCACCAAAUCUGUUACAAGUGCUGUUCUGUCUGCUUUGGGAAACCUGCUUUCUCAAGCUCUAGAGUCCAAGAAAAAGCAGAAAGAAGGUCAGUCCGGGAAAGACGUGGACGUUUACGGACCCGUCCGCUUCGCUGUGUACGGGCUUGUCAUCACAGGUCCACUGAGUCAUUACUUCUACCAGCUGCUGGAGCUGCUGUUCCCAGCCUCGGCUCCUUUCUCCAUGUUGAAGCGCCUCCUGCUGGAGCGACUCGUCUUCGCCCCGGCUUUCCUCCUCCUCUUCUUUGUGGUGAUGAACACGUUGGAGGGGAAGACCAACGCAGACCUUCAGGAUAAGCUGAAAGCGAGAUUCUGGCUUGCUCUCAAGAUGAACUGGAAAGUCUGGACACCGUUUCAGUUCGUCAACAUCAACUACGUGCCUGUGCAGUUUCGAGUGCUGUUUGCCAACCUGAUCGCCUUGUUCUGGAACGCCUACCUCACGUCCGUCAGGAAAUGAAACCCCAGAGUUAAUGUUGAAGUACGGUUACGUGGGGGUCAGUACUAACGAAACCAGUGUGUGCCUUUUUUAAAAGACGCUGUACUAGAUCAGGUUUGACUUUCCAAGCUUUCUAAAAAAAAAAAAAAGAGCAUGAACUACUGUCACGUUAGAUAUCAUGAAGAGGAACUAGCAGAUGGCUUCUUCGAAAGAUCGGCAGCUUAAUCACACAGAGUUAAUGAGCGACUGUAAUGCACACCCAUUUUGCCGACAUUUAUUUUAAAAAAUAUCCAAAAAACAUCUGGUUUCAUAAUUUUCACACCUCAGCCGACUGAUUUUUUUAUUAUUUGCAGACGUGAAAAUUUGUAUCGAAGCAAGUGAAACAGUGUUAAUUCUUAUUUUGACAGUAAUAAUGCACUAAUGCUGUUGUACCACUGUCUCAGUCAACACUGAUCGUAGCAUUGUGUUCAUUAUAGUACUGCAUUUUAUAAGUUUGUACAGAUGUUUAAUAAUAAAAAUAAUAAUAAUUUGACUCAUUAAAUCAUGCUUUUAUUGAUUACAACCACACGUAUGUUUGGAGCUUACGGUUACAGAAAUGGAGGAAAUGUGUCAUACCACAGCGCUGUUGAAUUCUCAAUUCUGAUUGGUCAGGUGUACAUGAUGUGUCUUCCGUUAACGAAUAAAAAAACUGUAAUGUUGGCGGUGAUGUCA